AUGGCGAAGAGAAAACGUGAAGAUGAAAUUAGUACUGCUGACACCAAAUCUCCUAUUUCAGAUCAGAGAAGUGGAAGGGUUCCGCUGUUGUUUGUAGAGUGGAAUUUUUCUGAGGAAGACUUGCGAGUGGAUGGCGAGACAUCGGUCAUGUUGGAUACAUAUGAUAGCGCAUUCAUAUCUAGCGGAAAAAAGAUAACUAAACAAGAAGCUGCAAAUUUAAGGAGCUUCAAGUUAACAUCCCAGUGUUUUUUGGGCACAUUCCCUUGCAGUGCACGAUCAAAGAGGAGAAUUAGGGCCAAGAAUGCAAUCUUAGAAGUGGCUAAAGAAAAGAAAAAGCUAGAUAGUGGAGCAUUCGACUGCUACUUCGAGAAAGGUCCUGACAUGGAUCAAGAGGAAGCAAAUCUUUUUGAAGAAAUAUGUUCUUGUUCCCAUCGUCUGCUGGUAAGGAGUCAUUGGAGCCUCUUGAUUUUCUGUCACCUUGGUGAGAGUCUCCAGUCACAAGCCAGAACACCGUGCUUGCUGCUGCUGGAUUCACUUGAAAAGGCAGGACCUAGGAGCUUUGAACCAGAUAUAAGAAAGUUUGUAUUGGAUAUUUAUAAAUCAGAAGGCAGGGCUGAAAAUAAAGAGCUUAUUUCUCAAAUUCCGUUGUUGGUGCCUAAGGUGCCACAACAAAGAAAUGGUGAAGAAUGUGGUAAUUAUGUUCUUUACUUUAUAAAUUUGUUUGUUCAGGAGGCUCCAGAAAAUUUCAGAAUGGAUGGCUACCCUUACUUUAUGAAACAGAACUGGUUCAGCUCUAAAUGCUUGGAGGUUUUUUUUGAGAAACUAGACCAAUUGAAAAUUUGGAGCUUUGUUGCCAGAACACAGGAAGGUAGGAAUGGUAAGAAACCUGAUGUCUCGCUUAUAUUUCACAUGCGCACCUAUAAAUUUGAAAGCAAGAAAGCAGUUCAAGGAAAGCAGCAAGUUCCUGACAACGUAUCAUCAGUAGUCCAAUUGGAAAUAAAACCAGAGUUUUAUAGGACAACUGCGAUUGCUUCCCAUCAGAAGGUACGGAAAACUGGGUAUGCUAGGGAAUCAGAUAAGCUGGGAAGGUCGAAGCCGCAGCAACUGUACCAGCUUGAAUGA